AUGGCAGCUGACCUUAGCAAGGCUUCCACAAUGGAUGAGACCUCAGACGAGCCUCCUACUUCUGCCGUCCUCUUAGACAGCUGCCACUUCUCCCAGGUCAUCUUUAACAACGUGGAGAAGUUUUAUGUUCCUGGAAGAGACGUAACCUGUUGUUAUACCCUUACGCAGAACAUCGGUCCUCGCGGGAAGGACUGGGUGGGCAUCUUCCCGGUGGGAUGGAAAACAGUACGGGAAUAUUACACGUUCAUCUGGGCUCCUCUGCCCAAUGAUACUGCCGCGCAGCAACAGAUCCAGUUCAAAGCUUACUACCUACCAAAAGAUGACAAAGACUACCAGUUCUGCUACGUCGACCAGGAUGGUGUGGUGCGGGGAGCCAGCGUGCCUUUCCAGUUCAAAGCAGAGACUGAGGAUGAUAUCCUGGUGGUUACCACACAGGGAGAAGUGGAAGAGGUCGAACUACAAAACAAAAAUUUGCGUAAAGAAAACGAGGAGCUGAAAGCAAGCUGUGCAAGUCUCCAGAAACAAAACACAGAUCUGCAGGAAGAGCUCAAAAAGACACAGGAGCUGCAGAAUAAAUUAGAGUCUCUAAGGAGCAACACAGAGAAACUGAAGCUGGAGCUGAAUUCCCUGGAAAAGGAAAAUAAAGAUCUAAAGGAGCUGGAUGGCAGCAGAAAGGCAGAACUGCAGCAGCUCAAGGAGCAAAUUCGGAACGUGACCUCUGACAAGGCAGACCUGGAAACCAAACUGAAAACAGCUCUGGAGUACAUGGAGCAGCUGCAGUCUCAAGUGCUGAAUUGUAAAAAAGAAGUGGAAAACCUGUCUCGUGUGGACCAUGACAAGACAGAGCAGCUUGAAAGUUUGAAGGAAGAGAAUCGCCAGUUGCGCAGCGCAAGAACUGAAGAGCAACAAAACUUAAUGAAAAAACUCGAGGAGAAGAAGUGUUUGUUUCAGAUCCUGCACGGAAAAAAGAAGGAAGUUGAUGCAGAAAAUCAGAAUCUAAGGGAAGAGAAUGAACUCCUGAAGCGUCUUUUGCAGUCUGCAGAGGUUUCUUCCUUUCCUGGUUUUUCACGAGCUCGAGCUCCGACCCCAGCUCGUCAACAAGGAUUCCUUCUGUUUGGAAAUCCGUAUGCUGCUGCAGGAGCAAACCUGGAGGCAGAAGCUGCAGGCUUGGGUUCUCUGAGGAAAUGCCCCAUGUGUGAUGAAGUAUUCCCUAAACAUAUUGAAGCGAGUCAGUAUGAGGCCCACAUGCAGAGCCAUCUUCUGGAGUGCCCUGUCUGCAGUGAGACCUUUGAAAAAUCCAACAAGCAAGUGUUUGAUGACCAUGUUUUUUGUCACGACCUGGAAUAA